AUGGUGGAUGGCGGUAGUGCAGCCCAGGUUAUGUACCCCGACCUCUAUAAGGGGCUGGGGUUAAAAACAGAGGAUCUAAUGCCCUACAACUACCCUCUAAUGAGUUUCAACGGGAAGCUUGUCAUCCCAAUGGGCAUGAUUAGGCUACCCAUUCAGACCGGCCCAGAGAUAAUGGAGGUGAACUUCAUCGUGGUGGACACCUACUCCCCUUAUACGGCCAUCGUCGAUAGACCCUGGCUCCACACCUUAGGAGCUGUUGCUUCCUCAUUGCACCAGAAGGUGAAGUUCCUGUCAGGGGACCAAGUUUUUGAAAUCUGUGGUUGCCAACCCACGGCAAGGCAGUGCGUAGUAGCGGCCAUCUCACAUUGA